AAAUCGCUGUCGGUAUGUGUCGAAAGAAAGCGCCGCAGGCACACGUACACAGUCGAAAAAGAAAAAUCGUUUCUUGACGUUUCCAUGGUUGGAAAAUCUUCGUGUGCUGAGAACGUGUCGAAUUUGAACGAGAGAGCUUUCGGUAGUGUGGAGAGUGGAAAAUCGCUGCGAAAUUUUGCGCAACUGUAGUGCGGAUUUGCCGAAUGGUUGCCUCUUGCGGCUAGAAAAGGAUAGACUUUAUCUGUUCAGAGGGGGUCACAAAUCUGUGGUGCUUGCGUAGAUUGCAUAAAAUUUCGUCGCCUAGCGUGAAUCACGAUUGUAUUGGUGUAUUCGGUUAAAAAUCCUUAUUUGCGGUUGGUUUUGCUUGCAAAAUCCUUUCCGACUCGAACGUAGUGCGCUUUCCCGAGAAACUUUCAUCUCAAUCCACGUUCAGUCAAGGUUGGUCGCUCGUCGCGAGCGUUGCUAAAGUAAAAGUGCGCGUAGCUUGUCCCCACCGAUGGAGUAGGUGGACUACGGUUGAGGAGUGGAAAAUUGUGUACUCUAGGGAAGUGCAAAGUGUGUAGAUUUUUUUUUCUGAAGAAUGUGAUGCUGUGAUAUGAGCAGUAGUGAUUGAAGAAAAUUUUCCUCACGGAAAGUAAACAGCUGGCACGGAAAGAAGUCUAGAAUGUUCAGUUUCUGUUGAACCGGAAGUCCCCGGGACAAGCUACGCGUACUAUUACUGGCCCAUCCUUGUCAAACGUUGGAUGCUGGAUGGCCAGUUAAAUGGACCGAUGAUUGGUGGGUCCAACCAUCGGAAAAUUUUGGCUUGUGUUUUGCCCAAGUCAUCGGAAGGAUAUUUUUCCAUCUUGGAAAACACCACCCUCUCGCUCUGCAUUGAGAAGGUGCGUCAUUUGCGUGUAUUUAGUGUGCGAAAGCACCAAUACCGCUGCGAACAAAGGCAACAACAUUAUUUGACCGUGUCGUCGGCGGGUGAUGUGAACUUGGGCUGGCCAAAAGCGUCCAGGACGGUACGGCAGAGACGAUGAACGAAAUCAGCGUGCUGAGCGAGGGCUACUCCUAUAUGGACAAGGAUGACGAUUCGGUGAUGGUUGCAAAUUGCACUUGCACCUUAAUCAAAAGCCACGAUUGCAACAUCAUAGUGGACACUAUGACCCCUUGGGAUGGCGAUCUACUUUUGCAAAGGCUGCAGGAAAGCAAUUUAAAUCCCGACGACAUCGAUUGGGUUGUGAGCACUCAUGGACAUUCCGACCAUCUGGGGAACAAUAAUCUGUUCUUAAAGGCCAAACACAUCGUAGGAACCAACAUAUCCCAGCGGAAUCAUUACUUCAUCCAUGACUUCAGCAUCGCUCCAUACCGUCUGUCGGACACCAUCGAAAUCGUCCAAACGCCCGGUCACACGUUGUCCUGCGUAUCGUUGCUGGUUCGCUCUAGCCAGCUGGCCCCAACCGGACUGGUGGCCAUCGUAGGCGAUCUGUUCGAGCGUCGGCAGGAUAUUGACGAUGAACGGCUCUGGCUGGACGCCGGCAGUGAGAAUCCCACGGCACAGCGACAGCAGCGCGCCAAAAUUGCGGCAAUGGCUGAUGUGAUUAUUCCCGGUCACGGUGCACCAUUUCCGGUCGACCAGCAGCUGCGAAAUUGCCUGAUGGCGCAGAUCCUGGAUAAGCCCGCCGUGUCGCUAGCCUUGGAUUAAGCGCUGGUAGUGCAGGGAAGGGAAUGAGUUGGUCAGCCGAUUGGAUGAGGCCGACGACCGGUCCGUUAAAAUUCAAUAAAAAAAUCACUACUAAUUGCUUACAAAUAGUUACAGUUUAGAUUAGUUAUCAGCUUGUGUUGGUUUAUGAAAGAUACAGUUAUCUAAAAAGAAAAUUACAGUUUUGACAUAACUCAUACGUUAUUAUUAUUAUUACAUAGUUCGAAUCACAAUGCAUAGUAUGGAAUGGUAAAGUCAAUCAGUAGUUUGUUUGGAAAGAGAUAAAAGAAACGAAAUGAAAGUAUUUGGGAAUGGUUCAAACUACCAAAGCAGAUUUGAUAUGGAAAGAGUAAACAAAAAAGUUAUUAGGUUUUGCUUAAAAUAUUUAAUUUACAUAGAAAUGGGUUUCAUUUAACAGUUCGUACUUAAUAAUAGCUAAAAAUAACUUUGCUGAAUUGCAAAUCCUAACAAAACCAUAUACUAUUAAAGAAAAAUAUUAAACGUGCACGAUAUUAAUAUGCAAUUUAUGAUCAUACAUGUAUGUUAGUGGAGUUAGAGUUUCAAGUUUCUUAACAAUUAUGUAUUUGUGACAUGCUAACAAACAAAAAAACACACACACGUAUUGUAUUACUGACAAGAAAACAAAAAAGUAGUAGUUUUAAAUGUUUAAUCUUUGUUCGGAAGAAACAAAUAGGUCUACAUUCGCAGUUGAACGGUACCAAUUUCCAAAAAGGUUGUGCUGAAAUUAGAACAAGAAAAAAAAACACUAAUAGAGAACAAAAGUUUUUUGGUACCGGAUGACUCUUUAGGAGUUCAGCUGGACCAUGCUUCAAAAAAAAUCAAGAAUGCCAAUGAAAACACACAUAAAAAACAAAUAUGCAUGCAAGUUAAUAAUUAUGAUUGUUUAUUCGUUUAGAAAGCAUAGAAAAUCAGAACAUAAAAUAUAUCGUUUCAACACGGCGUGUGCCCAGCGCAACAAUUGUCAUCUUUUUGCGCUGGGCACAGGAAAGUAUUUACAACAACUUUCACACUAUUUGGAUCUAAUUCGAUUUAAAACCAGAAAAUAAUAUUGGAAAUGAAGGCAACAUCUGGAAAAGAGAUUGAAAAGCUAAUGUCACUUAUAUAAACAAUACAAACAAAUACAUGUUAAUGAAACACGUGUUUUGCAACAUAAAAUAAAACAUAUUGAAACUUAAAUGAUCAUAAUCGAACAUUCGCAUCGCAUAAUUCAUUAAAACAAUAAAUAUUUCAUCGUUAUAGAACUCAUCAAACUUAGUAAUAAAAAUAAUCUCAUUCAAAAAUUUAUUAUAACGGUUGGCAGAAACCCGAUCGGUAAGAUCGGGGAUCUUUGCUUGGAAGAAUUCGAGUUAGUUAAGAGAUAUAGCUCAGGCCAAUAUCAAUAUGGCAGCAUGCAGCUGUAUCUUUUGCUAGCAAAUUAAUACUUUGUGUAAAUAUAACUAUAAGUAACUAAAUACAAAGCUACAAUUCUUUAGAUUAAGAUAUCCUAUAAGAAAGCAGCAGCAUGUUUAUUACAAAAAAUAAAGUUCGUAUUAAGAAAAAUAUGAACUAAAUAAAACAAGACAUGUCUUGUUGACGGAAUAAUAAUGUUAUUGAUUAAAUAUUUAACAAAAAUACACUUAAAAUAAUCAAGUUGAAAUAUUCAUAUGCUUUAACAUAGAAUAAGCAGCAGCAUGAUUACCAUUAUAAACUAUCUGUAUAAAGAAUAAACUAACCUAUCUAUUGCGCAUAAUGCAAUAUAAUUCAAUAUAACCUAAUGAAAAACUAUGUAUUAUAAUAAUCACUUGAUUGUAUCAAUGAAAUAAAAAAAUACACUGAAUACAAGCAAGAGAACUGCGAUGGCAAAAAAAAUAAUAAAAGUAACCAAAAGCAAAUGAGCGGAACUCCUAUAAAACCCUUCAAAAGGAAGGGUGAACGUGCACUAAUCCUCUUACUGGUCCUAGAGAAGAGGUGCAUAAUUACUAAACGAUUGAAGAAGAAAAAACCAACAAGGAAAAAGAAUAAAUAAAAAGCAAAACUGAUUUACUGGGAACUCGAAAACCAACUGAAACAAACAAAAGAACCACUGUAUGAAUAAACCAAAAAUGUGAGGCUAAAUAAAAUCCUAGCCCGCAGAAAAACGAAAAAAAAAACAACA